GGGGGUAGAGCAGCUCCCAGAGCCCGUGAGGGGCCGAGAGGAAUGAGGGGGAGCGGGGGGAACACAGAUGAGGAGUUAUCGGACACGGAGCUGCUGGAGCAAAUCCAGAGGAGGCCACGGAGCUGCUCCGAGGGCUGGAGCCGCUUUGCUCUGGAGCCAGGCUGGGAGAGCUGGGAGUGUUCACCGGGAGAAAAGGGCUCUCCAGGGAGACCUGAGAGCCCCUUCCAGGGCCUAAAUGGGCUCUAGGAGAGCUGGAGAGGGACUUGGGACAAGGGAUGGGGGGACAGGACGAGGGGGAAUGGCUUCCCACUGCCAGAGGGCAGGGAGAGAUGGGAUAUUGGGAAGGAAUUGUUGGCUGUGACGGUGGGGAGACUCUGGCACAAGUUGCCCAGAGAAGCUGUGGCUGCCCCAUCCCUGGAAGUGUCCAAGGCCAGGUUGGACAGGGCUUGGAGCAACCUGGGAUAGUGGGAGGUGUCUCUGCCCAUGGCAGGGGUGGGACUGGAUGAGCUUUAAGGUCCCUUCCAACGCCCCUGCCAUGGGCAGGGGCACCUUCCCAUAGACCAGGUUACACAGUGAUCACAGCAGAUCGAACUUUACAAUUGUAAAACUGUUUAAAAUUUUCUGAAACCAGUUUUAUGUGCUAUUUAUAAGUAUACUUACAGUUUAUUACAGUUAUCUGCUGCUAUUUUGACAAACAGCUGCUUUCACUGUGGAAAUGAGCGAGUAUCAGUUGCAUCACAUAUUAUGAAACAUUUCUCACUCAGCCAAUCUUAUGACUUGCCAAAAUUAAUUUUCUUGUUCCUUAACCCUCCCCAUGCUGCUUGUGCAGCUGCCACCUGGGUCAGCUGGGGGCUGGAGAACUAAUUCACUGUGUUUGCAAUUCCUGUUGUUUUCUUCAGCACACCAGACCUUAAUAACCACUGACUCAGUGGUAGUGUGAGGAACAAAAGAACUACUUAGUGUUCAUUAAUAUCUCCAGUUCAAAUCAGAACAAUUCUUUUCAGUUUUGGCACCAUGAACAAAAAGGAAACCUCUGGACUUAUAGAUUUGGGACUACAGCUGAGUUUUGGACAUCUAGCCUUGGGAAGGAAGGGCUGAAUUUGUUUUAGGGGCACAAAGUCUUUACAGAGUGUGCAGAAAGAUUUUGGCAGUAAUGGGGCAGGUGAAACAGGCAGCAGAACGUGUUCAGUAGGGAAAUGGCCAAAGUCAGCACCUUUAAACCAAAGCUGCCUAAACCCCGAGUACAGGACAGAAAGUGCCUUUUUCUACCUACUGUUAUCACACUGGGUUCCCAUCUCUCUGGUGGAGGAGCUGUGACUGCUGCCAGCAUCUUUCCAGAGGGGUGUUACCCACAUAUUUAAUCUCCUUACUUAAUGGGAGUAGGGAAAAAAUUGGAGCAAAAUUAUUUGGGACAAAGCUAUUUAGGUCCUUAAGUUCACAGGAAGAAGGGGUAUUAUUCUGAUUUUAAAAAAGGAUAAAAUAAGUAAGAACAAAGCUUUCAAAUAAAUCUGUUGCGUGAUAGGUUUCUGUCUGAGGCCUGUUUUGUGACUGGAGCUUGUAUCUGGAGAACUUUAUCUCUCUUUUGCUUUAGGAGCUUGACUCUUCAUUUGAGAGCACCAGCUGGCUCAUGCUGGUUGUGUUUUCUUUUUCAUUUUCUAGAAGAAGUCUAGGCAGAAAAAGGAGGUUUUGUAUUUUGGAGUGGUGAGAGGCCACAAAAUCUGAAAGCAAAAAUUUACCAUUUAAUUUUUUUUUUUCAAGAGGACUGAUUUUGUCCAAGUGUUCCUGUAAUUCACUGCAGGUUUGAAAGGAAUGCUGCUCAGGAUUCAUGGCUAAUGCUCGGUGCUGACUGUUACUGUGCACUUACCCUGUGGAUCUGAACUUGUGCUUUGAAGGUGUUGCCUUGAUCCAGUGGCUGAGUUGUGAUUUUAUCCCCCUGUUGUGGGAGCUAAACGAGGUGUGAGCUGAGCUGUGACAGCCCUCCCUAUGUCCCCUGUGCUGUAAGUAAUCCUGUCCCUCUCCCUGUGAAAUUCCACUUGUUUGCUGUUGUUUUUUUCUUGCAGUGUUACCCCGUGGGGACUGUCCCUUCAGACAGCUCUGGGAGCCACAAAAAGGGGUGGAUGGAGUUGAGCCAGAGUUACAACAGCUCUGCUUUGGACUAUUCAGAAGAUACCUUUGAGUCCUUCAGUGAGGAGGAGAUCAAACCAUCUGGCUCCUGCUGUCCCACAGAGGAUUUGGAGGGCUCAGAUGUGUUGGAAAGCACAUCAUGGUUGGCAGGCCAAAGUCAUGCAGAGGAGCGAUCUGAAGGAGUGGAUUCUGCAGCUCUGGAAAGAGUUGCCAUAGGAAAAUGGAUUGAUGCCAUGGGAAGAUGGAGAGAUCUAAAAAAUAAAGAAGCUGAGGUUAAACAGGACAACUCUGUCAGGAAAACUCAUGGUGAAAUUCUUGAACUAUUUGAUGGAGAACUGGAUGCUCUCAGGUCUUUUUGCACCAGGAAGAUAAAUGGGAUGAACCAGCAGCUGAGCCCUGAGCAGGGAAACACGGGCCAGGCAAGGAAGCUGCAGGAUGGAGUCCCAGCAGUGAAAACUGGGACAAGAGAUGGGAACUGCAUUGUUCCUGGUCAGCUGAUGAACAGAAUCCUCCUGGAAAACACCAGAGCGACUGUUAAGCAGGUGACAGAAGCUCAAAUCCACGAGGCUUCAUCAUGCCCUGACUGCCAGAAGAAGGAGGCAGAGCUGGCCAGGAUUGCCUUUGUCAGGCAAAAAAAGGCUCUGAUGGGAGGUGCUUUAAUCCAAGAGAAACUGGAGGAACAGAUUUACUCCAGAAACAUGCUCACACUUCUAGGAGAAGCCCUCAGAAGCUUUCCCAAACCUUCAGAGGAUCCCAGGGCCUUGUGGCAAAGGCUGAAAGGUCAGAAAAUAUGCUCCAUCUCUGUUCCUUAUUUGCUUUGCUCUGCACUCCCUGUUUCUCCCGAGCCUUUGGAAUUCUUCAGCCAUCUGCAAACAUGAGGCAAAGGGCACCCAGUGUUUCAAGUGGAGACUCAUAAGGGCUGGCAGGUGAAAGAGCCGAAUCUUCUGAAAAUGUGAUUUUGUUGGUUUUGCCAAUGAACACAGGUUUCAUCCCUUAACCCACAAAAAGGGAGCUCCAGGACUCUUCUUAAAAAUAUAAUCCAUAUGUUUUGGUAUUUUUCCUUUGAUAGAAGCUUUGUAAAGAUACUGAAAUAUUUCUUUGCAGCUCCCAUGGAGCCUUCCUGUAAAUACAUUGAACUGUGAGUUAUUUGGGUUAGGAGUCUGACAAUGUUUGUCUGUAGAAUAGUUGUCAUGCUCACACACAGUGACUGCACAGCUCUUGUUUGUUUGCAUAAAUGUUACAAAGACAGCUCAGGUAACUCCUCUGAAAUAUCAAAGUAGAUUUUGCUGCUGCCUCUUGGAUGCAUUUCCUGCUGCUCCCUACACUUGUUUCAUUUUUUUAUCAAGGAUGACUCCAAGAUCUGAGUGUUUGCCUUCUGUUUUCUUGUAGCAGCUCUUAGGGAUGUACUAUGGAAUGAAUGAUCCAGGCCUCUAAAUAAUUUAUUUUAUAAUCCUACAGCCUUUGAGGCUUGAGAGAUCCAAAAACUCUGACAGGGAGACUGUGGGAAAGAGAGUAGAUCAUGUCUUUUCCUUUUUUUCCCCUCACAGGAGCUCCCCCCACCAGCAGCAGAUUUUUCUUUUGAUCCAAAGAAACACUCUAAAACUCUGAUCAAGGAAUAUUGAUUCAUCUGCUGCCUUGUUUGUGCUUUCUGGGGUAUAAAAGAACUGUGAUGGCUCAAGGGGUAUUCGUAUGGAAAGCAGCUGUGGCUCAGCAACAAAUCAGUCUGCCUGGAAAAAAUGCUUUGGAGCUUUGUCUUUCUGGCCUUCAUGAUACACACAGUUGCAUUAUUUAAUCUUCUGAAUGAUUGGUGAUGUGAGUUUAUUGCUCUGAACUUUGUGCAAAUAGAAGUUUAUUGUAUUUAUAUUAUGUGUAUGCUGAUAACCACUUUUGUGAUGUUAUGCUUUAUAACUGGCCCUUUGGAUAAAGUUGUAUUCUUCAAUUUAAAAUCAGUUUUCCUGUGGACUGCAGCAAGGGAAUUUUCACUUCCAUUUGCCCUUGCUUCUGCUAUGAAAAAAAUUAACCUGGCUGCCAGGCACAGUCAUUCCUUAGUCUCAUUUCUAUCCAUCUCUUGGGCCAUCUCUUUGUAUCUCCUCUAGGAUAAACUUCCAUCUCCAUCCCAACAGGCUGCUAGCACAGGUUUGAUGGGAAUGAAGUUCUAGUGUAAUUAACAUGCCUGGAUCUGAGCUGGGAACAAAGGUAAAUAUAUUCAAAGAUGAACUGGUCUAGUGGAAGGUGUCCCUGCCCAUGGCAGGGAUUAGAACUGGCUGAGCUUUAAGAUCCCUCCCAACCCAAACCAGUCUGGGAUUCUGGGAUAUUUAAAUAAUGAUUUGCAGCUACUGGGGGAAUAUGUCGUAGUUCCACUGGUCCAGUUUAGGAUCAUAGAAUAGUUUGAGUUGGAAGGAACCUUCUAAAGCUCAUCCAGUCCCACCCCCUGCCAUGGGCAGGGACACCUUCCAGUAGCCCAGGUUGCUCCAACUUGGCCUUGGACACUUCCAGGGAUGGGGCAGCCACAGCUUCUCAGGGCAACCUGUGCCAGGGCCUCACAACCCUCAUUAUAAAAACCUUCUUUCCUAUAUCUAAUCUAAAUCAACCCUCCUUCAGUUUAAAACCAUUAUCCCUUGAGGCAGCAGGUCCUGCUGGGAACUUUGCCCCCAGCUUGUAGGCCCCCUUCAAGUGCUGAAAGGCCACAGGGAUGUUUCCCUGGAACCUUCUCCAGGCUGAACAAUCCCAGCUCUCUCAGCGUUUCCUCACAGGAGAGGUUCUCCGGCCCCCCAACCAUCUUCAUGACCCCCUUACAUUAAUCUUGAACCUUUUUCCUGAAGUGUUACUAAAAACUGAAACAUGCAGGCUGCCCCGGGGUCACUCCCUGACCUUCCAUAAACCCAUCCCCACUCCUGGCAUUGGGCUGUGGGGAGACCCAGGUGUUUUUGAAUUCUGUUUUUUCCCAUAGCCAGUUUGAUCAGCUUCCAAGAAGAGGAGCUGAACCCUUUUACUCAUAUUGGGAGCUUGACAAAGAACUUUAGGCUGGUGGCACCAGGGACAAGGUUUUGCUGCUGGAAGGGUUCAUGUUCCCAGUUCUUCUUUGGUAAAACCCCAGACUGCAGCUUUCAGGGCAGUUAUCCCAAAUCAUCCAUAGAUCCUCCAGCAAGAGCUGGAGUGCUUCUAGCCCUGUAUUUUUAAAGCAUUUUCACAUAUACUUGCAUUCUUCAAAGUGUAAUUUUAUUACCACUCAGAUUUUCAGAGAAUGAGUUUUUAUUUUAUUUUUAUGUAUUCACUCCCCUCAGUGAGACAGUGUGUGUGUGCAGAUCACUCCCUGCACCAGGGCUGGUGUUCUGAAUGCCACUGGCUUAAAAAAUGAGCUGGAAUCUGGGCAAAACAGAGAUUAAUCUUAAAAAUACUACAUUUGCAUUGUUUUCAUGUCCCUUUUUCCUCCACAACUGAUUCUGCAGAAUUUUGGCUGCACUGACAGGAUCUGGAUGGGGGAGGCUGGGACAUGUGUUGGGGUGGAUCCCUUAUGUCAAUAAGGUACAAAGUUCUCCAUCUUUCAAAUGACCUAUAGAAUUGAUCAUGGGAUUUUAAAAAAACCAAACAUUUUCCAGCUUCUGGGCAUGGAUAUUCACUGCUUGUUUAUUCAUGUAUUUAUUUUGUAAUAAAAUAAUACUGUUCUCACA